UGGUAUGCUUUUCAGGACAGGUAGGAAUAGAGAGAGAAAAUAGUGUGUGUGAGUGAGGGGAGUGAGAGCGAGAGGAGAACAACAUCACUUCCAAGGCAAGCAAAGAAAAUAGAAGUAAGAAAGUAGAAACCCUAGCAAAGUACACACUAUUUCUGAACUCGAAGAUGAUCUUCUUCUUCUUCUUUUACCUCUCCCUUUUAUAAAAUUAAAAAAUAAAAUCCGAUCGAUUUUUCUUCUUCUUCUGUCUCUAUAAAAUCUUCUUGUCUUUUAUCAACUCCGGAUAAAACCUGUCCCUAGAUUUAGUGGACUAGAUUCGGUGUUUUAAUGGCGUUUCUCUGAAACUUGUUUGAUCAUUAUGUCUAAUUAGUAAGAGACAAAUUUUGUUGAAUUUAAUGGCGUCAAGACAACAACCUCAUAAGUCGAGGAAAUCUACUUCUAAUUUACCUAAAUCUGUAAAUUCAACAUCUUCAUCAACAACUUCCUCGAAACAUCUUGCUGAGACUGCAUCAAUUGAAUGUCAAAGCUCACCUGCUUCUUCAUCAGCUAGAAGUAAACCUAUUCAGUAUUACUCUUCUGAAGCUGCUACUCUUGAUUCUGAGAGAUCCAAAGAAAAUGUUACUGUUACUGUUCGAUUUCGACCCCUUAGUCCAAAGGAAAUUCGUCAAGGGGAGGACGUCGCCUGGUACGCAGAUGGAGAAACGAUUGUGAGAAACGAAUAUAAUCCUUCGAUAGCUUAUGCUUAUGAUCGAGUUUUUGGCCCCACGACAACAACACGCCAUGUUUAUGACGUGGCUGCACAACAUGUCAUUGCUGGUGCGAUGGACGGGGUCAAUGGUACUAUUUUUGCUUAUGGUGUGACAAGCAGUGGGAAGACUCAUACAAUGCAUGGUGAUCAAAGGUCUCCUGGCAUUAUACCGCUGGCGGUGAAGGAUGCAUUUAGUAUAAUCCAAGAGACUCCAACACGAGAAUUUCUCCUGCGUGUGUCGUAUUUGGAAAUCUACAAUGAGGUUGUUAAUGACUUGUUAAAUCCAGCAGGACAGAACCUGAGAGUUAGGGAGGAUAGUCAGGGAACAUUUGUUGAAGGUAUUAAGGAAGAAGUUAUAUUGUCCCCUGCUCAUGCCUUGUCAUUAAUAGCAGCAGGAGAGGCACACAGGCAUGUGGGGUCAACGAAUUUUAAUUUGCUCAGCAGCAGAAGCCAUACAAUAUUUACUCUGACUGUAGAAAGUAGCGCAUGUGGUGAGAACAGCGAAGGUGAAGCAGUUAAUUUAUCACAACUGAACCUCAUUGAUCUGGCAGGUUCUGAGAGCUCUAAAGCAGAAACCACUGGUGUACGAAGAAAAGAAGGAUCUUACAUUAAUAAAAGCCUACUAACUCUUGGAACUGUAAUAUCGAAAUUAACAGAUGCACGAGCGACACAUAUACCAUACAGAGAUUCUAAACUCACCAGGCUUCUUCAAUCUUCUCUAAGUGGUCAUGGGCGUGUGUCUCUCAUAUGUACUGUAACUCCUUCUUCGAGCAAUUCAGAAGAGACACAUAAUACAUUGAAGUUUGCCCAUCGUGCCAAACACAUUGAAAUUCAAGCAUCACAAAACAAGAUAAUUGAUGAGAAAUCCCUCAUUAAGAAGUACCAGAGCGAGAUUUUCAGCUUAAAGGAAGAGUUGGAACAAUUGAAACGGGGUAUCAUCUCUGUUCCUGUGAAAGAUGGAGAUGAUAAUAUUGUUCUUCUGAAACAGAAGCUAGAAGAUGGUCAGUUCAGGCUGCAGUCGAGGCUGGAAGAAGAAGAAGAAGCUAAAGCUGCUUUACUGGGAAGGAUACAGCGGUUGACAAAACUAAUUUUGGUUUCUACAAAUGUUACACAGUCACCAAGGUUUCCUCAGCGGCCAGGCCCAAGAAGAAGACAUUCUUUUGGAGAAGAAGAGCUCGCCUACCUUCCAUAUAAGAGGAGGGACUUGAUUCUGGAUGAGGAAAACAUUGACUUAUAUGUUUCUCAAGAUGGAAUCAGUGAACCUGCAGAUGACCCUUUCAAGGAGGAAAAGAAGAGUAAGAAACAUGGAUUGCUAAAUUGGUUUAAGCUAAAGAAGCGAGAUAGUGCCUCAGCAACACCGACAAGUAUCGACGAAUCAAGUGGCACAAAAUCAGUUACUGCACCUUCAACCCCUCAAGCGGAGAGCAUCAAUUUUCCCGUGGAAUCAAGACUUUCCAAUCCUUUGCACACUGAGACUACCCCUUCAGCAGACGUUCCAUCUGAAGCUGGACAAGAUGGAGAUGUUCUCGAUGAAACCCUUUCUGGGCAAGAAGCAUUUGUGUCUAGCAUAAAGAUUAUAGACCAAAUUGAUCUUCUAAGGGAGCAACAAAAGAUUCUGUGUGAAGAGGUGGCACUUCAUUCAAGUGCUUUAAAGCGCCUGUCAGAGGAGGCUGCAAAUGACCCUAGAAAAGAAAAGAUUCAGGUUGAGAUCAGGAAACGAAAAGAUGAAAUCGAGAUGAAGAGCCAACAGAUAGAUUCUCUAGAAAAGCAUAUCGCUUCUGGUAUCCUUGCAUCUCACAGCACGAUGGAUACAUCAGAGCUAUCACAGUCUUUCGGUGAACUGGUGGGGCAACUGAAUGAGAAGUCUUUUGAACUAGAGGUGAAAACAGCUGAUAACAGAAUAAUUCAAGAGCAACUCAACCAAAAGAUCUAUGAAUGUGAAGCAUUGCAAGAAACAGUAACUUCCUUGAAACAGCAUCUGUCUGAUGCUCUGAAGGGGAACUCCAGUGAAUUAAGAGGUCCUUCAAAGUGCGACAUUGACGGAAAAAGUUCUGAUGGGGAGCUUUGUAUCAGCAAAGAAGAAACAAUCUCCAGGGAUGCUGACGUGCAAUUGCUUCUACGAACACAGGCCACGGAGAUAGAACAACUUAACCAGAAAGUGAAUGAACUAACUAGAUCAAAAGAACAAUUAGAAGCACGAAACCAGAAACUUGCAGAAGAGAGUUCAUAUGCUAAAGGCUUAGCAUCAGCUGCAGCAGUAGAACUGAAGGCAUUAUCAGAAGAAGUCUCAAAACUUAUGAAUCAUAAUGAGAAAUUAAGUACAGAGUUGGCAGCAUACAAGAACUCCCCAACUCAGCGUAGAAAUAGUGGCGGAGGUGGUGCUGCAGGCAAGAAUGGUAGAAGAGACGGCUAUGGAAAAAGGAGCGAUCAAGUAGGAAAUUCUGCUGCAGAAGUUAGAAAAGAACUCGCGAUUAGUCGAGAAAGAGAAAUGUCUUACGAAGCAGCACUGGUUGAAAAGGAACAAAGAGAAUCUGAGCUUCAAAAGAAAGUUGAGGAAUCAAAACAGAGAGAAGCAUAUCUCGAAAACGAACUUGCAAAUAUGUGGGUACUGGUCGCUAAACUUAAAAAAUCCAAUGGCACCAAUGAAUUAGAUGAUUCUGAAUUAAGAAGAGAAACUCAGAAACUGGACGGAUUGAAGAUUUGGGAUGAUGAUUCAACAUUGAGAAAAGGAUUUCAAUAAGAUUGUUGGGAGGUUGAUUACUUUGUUGUGUUUAUAUUAAUUAUGUGGAUGUGAAGGAUAAAAAGGAAUCAAGAAACUAGGAAAGAAAAGAAAUGUGAAGUUCAAGUUUGUUUGAGCAAAAUUUAGGAAUAGUUGUGAAGUCAUUUCCUUUUUCUGUAGUCAUUUUCUGAACAGUUUGUAAGUUGUGGUGAGUUGGGUCCAUUUUCAAUACGAUUUCUUUUGUUUUUUCA